AUGGACGGAGUCGGAUUGAACUGGGAUGGAGACGACUACUUCACCAUACUUUGCGCCCUCUUCUUUACCGCUGAGCUUGUCAUGCUAGAGCUCAUUGGUAGAUACGGUUCCAUUACAGGAAUGAGUAAUGAGAUUGCAUUGCAACUUACAACUGAGCAAAAACAACGCAUCAUUGUGGGUAGCAAAUGCCUUCUCGCUGGGUGGAUUCUGUACACCACAUUGAUCUGGUGUUUGAAAGCUUGUAUGCUAUUCUUCUAUAGAAGGCUCACCCUCAAUCUCCAGCAAAGGAAUCUCGUCAAGAUCACUGGGGCUGUCUGCAUCGCCGCAUAUAUCGCCACCAUCAUUGUAUUUCUUACACAUUGCCACCCCAUUCAUCGGUUAUGGCAAGUCUAUCCGUAUCCUGGUGACGACUGUGCGCUCAACAUUUCGAAGUACCUAGCUUUGGUAGUCACAAACGUAACUACCGAUCUCAUGAUCCUUUUCAUUCCGUUGCCUCUACUAUGGGGCGUCCGUCUACCUUUCAAAAGGAAGCUGCUGUAUUUUUUCUGGCUCUGCACAGGGAUCUUCAUCAUGACUGCGACAUUACUCCGUUGCAUUCUGUGUCUCCAAGACGUUUCCCAAAUUAACGUUGGUACCAUAUGGUCGAUCCGCGAAACGUUCGUCGGGAUCAUAGCCGUCAACGCACCUAUCCUCAAACCCUUCUUUACUCAGGCCAAGAAAGCUGUUUCCUCCGGCAAGCCAUCACACAACAGUUCUGGCAACGGUCUCCCGGAUAGUCUUCGGUUGUCGCACGUUGAGAGAAAGGGGAAAAAGAGAACUGUCCAUGACAUCACUAAUAUGGACACGAUGAUGAAUGAGAGUGAGGAGCAUAUCAUCAGCCCAGCGGGUAGACCUCGCAGCGAGAUCAGUUCAAGAGAAGAGAGAGGCGAUGUGUGA